AACGAGUUUCCUUCCCGUGAUCCUUCAGAGUGUUUUCCUGCCUUGGCAACAACCAACAUGGCGGAUCAAGAGGACAGGCCCCCAUCAGUGAAGGAAGGAGAGGAGGCUGAACAGCCUCCUGCUGAGGCAGAAGCUCCUCCUGGUGAAGCCUUGGAGGUUCCAGCAGAGGAGAAAGUCCCCAGCAGACCUGCAUCUGGCAAGUCUGUCACAGAUGUGGUGUCACAGGUCACAGUCAAAGCUUUGAAAGAGCCAGAGGAAGGGGAAGAGUUCAAGUUACCAGACAUGCCUGCAGAACAAGCAGCAGAGGGAGGGGAGGAGCAGCAGCCAGCAGAACAGCCUGCGGGAGAAGGGGCAGAACAGCCAGAGGGGGAGGUUGCAGAGGGAGAACAGCCUGCAGAUGCAGAGCAGCCAGAAGGUGCUGAGCAGCCUGAGGCUGAACCAUCUCAGCCAGUGGCAGAGGGGGAGGAGGCUCCUGCAGAAGCCCCUGCUGAAGGGGAGGUGGCAGCAGAGGAGGCUCCCCCUGUAGAAGAAAUGGAACGUCCCGCCAGUGGAACCAAGCCUCCAUCUAAACCCACCAGCAGAGCAGGCAGUGCCAGGUCAGGUGGAGAGAGACCCGGCAGUGGCCGGCCUGGCAGCGGACGUCCAGGUGGACCCCCUGCAGAGGGUGAGCGACCUCCCAGCGGGCCUCGUGCCGCAUCAAGAACAGGGGCCAGCGAGGCGGGUCUGAGUGCAGGAGGAGUGAGCGCAGGUAUGAUCAGUACGGAGCUGCCCAUGGGGAUGACGAGGUUUGAGACGCAGCCCGGCAUGGACAGUGACCUGGAGGAGGGAGCGGAGGAGAUGGAGGAGGGGGAGGAGGGGUACUCCGACACGGAGAGCGAGGGAGAAAGCGAGAUGGUGGUUCUAGACCCCGACCACCCCCUGAUGCUCAGGUUCCAGAGGGCCUUGAAUGCUCAACUGUCCAGACAGAACCAAAGGAUCACACUGGAGCUGAAAGAAAUCCAAGAGGCGACGAAGAGUAAGCACCAGGAGCGUGAGGACCUGGGCGUGCAGCUGUACGGCCUGCAGCAGGAGCUGGCCAGGAACCAGAUGAACCUGGAGAGGAAACACGACGCCUACGCCAGCGUGCACCAGGCCAAGCAGCAGGCCGAGGAGAAACUGGAGGGCGUCAGGCUCACGUAUAAGGACGUACAACAGAACGUGCUGCUGGAGAGAACCACAGGAGCGAAGCUGCAGACAGAGACAGAGAACCUGGCCACCAGGCUGCUCUACAUGCAGAACGCCAAGGAGGACGUCCGCUCAGACAUCGCUGUCAUGAAGAGGGCGGCGGAGAAGGCAGACACAGAAGUGGCAAAAGCUGAGCUGGCCAAGAAACAACAGGACUUGUACAUUGACCGGCUGGUGGACGUUGUGGAUGACCUGAGGGAGAAGAUCGCCCUGUACGAGGCUCAGAUCGCCGCCCAGACGGAGGAGACCAAGGCUGCCCGCGAGGCCGUGUCCGAGGCUCGCACGGAAAUAGAUGCUAUAAACCUGGAGAAGAAGCAGCUGUUCCAGCAGUGGACCAGCAGUCUGAUCGGCAUGAGGAGGAGAGACGAGGCUCAUGCUGCCAUGAACCAGGCACUCGAUGACCAGAGACAGCGCGUCUUGUCCCUCGAGACCGAAAUUGACGGGUACAAGAAGUCCAUCACCAAGGAGCAGGAGAAGAACGAGACACUGACCAUGGUGCUGAACAAGACGGAGUCAGACAUCAGCACCACCAGGAAGCUCAUGGCACAGAGCCAGACCAAACAGGAGGCCAUCAAGGCAGAGUACACCACCUACACCCGGGCCCUGCAUGAGACAGAACAGGCACUUAACAGGGCUACUACUGACCGUACUCUGCGUCUGAACGAGCUGAACGCGCUGAGGAAGCAGAUCGAGCGGGAGUACCAGGAAAAGGUGAACCUGGAGGACGCCAUCAUGGAGAAGAUGAGGUCCCAGCUCACCAUGGACAAGGCUGCCCUCUACACCAAGAAGAUGACCAGCAAGCUCAGGCAGAGGAAGAAACAACUGGAAGCGGAGGUGGCCAAGGUCGAGAACGAGAUUUCGCGGGACAUCCUGGAGAUCUCGUACACGACGUCGCGCAUCAAGCGCCUGCAGAAGACCAUGGAGGAACUGGACGAGGAGAUCCGCAUGAAGAACGACAUGAUCUCCAAGAGUGAGAGCGAGAUCAUCAAGAGGAACGCGGUGAUCGAGAGGAAGCAGGGAGUCAUCGACCAGUACAACAAGAGGGUCGACCAGCUGCUCACCAGUACUGGGGGAGAAGAGCUGGGACCACUGGAAAUCCAGAUUAAGGCGAUGAACAAGCAGAUCGAGGAUCGGCAGGCUGAGAUCAUGGAGCUGCAGCAGUUCUGGCUGCGCCAGCAGGGGGAGCUGGUCAAACUCACCAAGGACAGGGAGGAGCAGUCCAAGGACCUGGAGCGCCUCAAGAAGCAGCUGUCCAUUCUCACUCAGAAGAAACUCAGGAUCGAAAGUGAGAUCGAGGGUCAUCAGCGUGAACAGAAGGACAUUGACCACAGCAUCAGUAACAUGCGCAACGACAUGGUCAAACUCAACACCCUGCUGACCAAGGAGAACAAGCUCAAGGAAGGGAUGCAGCAGGACAACAUCUUGGUAGAGAACGACUUCAUCGCAGCCUUGAAGGAGGCUGAGUACGAGUCUAUCAGCAUGCAGGAUCGCCUGGAUGCCCUGCAGGAGGAGAAGGAGAGGCUACUCAACAGCCUGGUUGAGGCCGAACGUCAGAUCAUGUUAUGGGAGAAGAAGACCCAGCUGGCGCGCGAGGUGAGGUCUGCCGUGGACUCCGAGGUCGGACAGGGAGAGAUCCACGCCAUGAAGGCCGAGAUCCAUCGCAUGGAGGUGCGUUACUCUCAGCUGAUGAAACAGCAGGAGAAGAUGAUACGUGACAUGGAGUCUGCCGUGUCACGCCGCGACACCAUCUGGGUCAGGGGCGACGCCCAGGCCAAGACCAACAAGAAGGUGGUGACGCAAGGAAACUUCCAGAAGAAACUGGGAGAGAUGAGGAAGAAAAUCAAGCAGACUGCUCAGGAUGCCAAUGGUUGUGACCAGGAGAUCCAGGAGCUUCGUCAGCAGCAGCAGGAGCUCAGCAAGCUGCUGGAGGAGAAACAGGUGACCUGCCAGCACCUGCAGGGCUCGGUGGACACGCUAGAGGGCGAUAUUGACAACAUACAGGAGAUCAAGGAGAGGAACCUUGCGGAACUGGUAUCUAAACAACAGAAGGUGAAACACUACCAGGCCCUGAAGGAUGGCAAGUACAAGCUGCUGUGCAGGACAGAGACAGCACUGGAGAACGAAACCCAGAAACAGCUGGACCGCAUGCAGACCCUCAACGCCAUUGUAGACAGACUGAAUCAGGAGUACCCCCAUGCACAGCCCGCUCUGAGGAGGGUCACGCUCACUCUGCAGUCUAGGGGGGUGGUUCAAGACAGUGCCUAGAGACAUUAUAGUGUAAAAUAGAUAUUUUUGAAUGGAUAUGGAAUGUGUCACCCCUAUCAAUGGGACAAUCUUGUACAUGUAC